GGUUUCGGGCUGAGGCUGAGUUGGUGGCGUUGGGGUGGCUUUUUUACUUUACAUCGUGCCCGAUGUGUAACUCCGUUUUUUUUGUAAUUUCACGCAGCAGCCCCAAGCUUUGACAACUUUUUCUGUCCGAGGUAUAUAAAGUGCGUAAGGCGACCUGGAAUGGUAUCAAAGUUUAGUAAACCAGCAACGUUACAACACACGUGUCCUCUACGUUCCCAGUAACCAGCGCAGAACAAAUUCCAAGCCGCCGAAAAUGUUGUCCAAGGUAUUCGUCCUGCUCGCUGCCGUCGCCGUUGGUGUCCAGUCGGUGGCAAUUGGCGUGGCUGCUCCAGUGGCCACCGUCGUCAAGGCGGAAGAAUACGACCCACAUCCACAGUACAGCUAUUCGUACGGAGUGCACGAUGCCGUCACCGGAGACAACAAGGAACAGCACGAAACCCGGGACGGUGAUGUUGUGACUGGCCAGUACUCCCUUGUUGAACCCGAUGGCACUCGUCGCACCGUGGACUACACCGCCGAUCCCGUCAACGGAUUCAACGCAGUCGUUAGCAAGUCCGGCGAGCCAGCCCCGGCGGUCGUGAAAACCGUUGCCGUUGCCCACCAUGCCCCAGCUGUGGCGGUUGCUCACACUCCGACCUAUGCCGUAGCCCAUGCUCCCACAGUUUUAACCCACGCUGCCCCAACUCUGACCUAUUCACACGCUCCAGUUGCCUACCACCACGCCCCAGCUGUCGCGUACCAUUCUCCAGCAGUGACCUACCACCACCCAUCCGCUCUGGUGUCCCACGAACUCCACGAGCUGCACCACGAACCACUGCUGUCACACACCCUGUACCACCACUAAGGCGGAACGGUCAGUAAGCGGCCGGUGGAAGCACCCCCACCUAUCUCGGACCAUGCGGCAAUGAAUGCGAUCUAGGAUUGGACCUCCCCCAACAUUGACGGCACUAUUACAUUCGUAGGUUUUAUACGAUGACUCAAAUUUGUUCUGUUCUGUAGUUACAUAUACACACACACACUGGUUGCAACAUGAGAUGAGAUUAUCGAAUAAAGUAUUGUUUUUUUUCUUAUACAAUUACUAAUUAGUAACGUAAGGAC